AUGACAAAACCAAGUCAUUGGUCUGCGGUGAAAACCAGCACGCGCAGCUACCUGAACCGAUCCCACAGCAGUCUGGCCGCCAACUGGUCCACCUUCAAGUUGCGAAUUUCGCCGCAGUUUAACUCUGACGAACUGCUUGACUUUCCCCAGCUGGUUGAAUCACGUGGUUUCCACCUUCAGGAGCACACCGUCCAGACCGAGGAUGGCUACAUUCUCACCGUGCACCGGGUCGUCCCUGAUGACUUCACCGACUCGGCCACCUACUGCCAGACGCGAAAGCCGAUCAUCGUGCAGCACGGACUGGUCUCCUCCUCCUCCAACUUCUUCAUCACCUCCAAAGAGCUUACCUCGGGCGAGUCAAAGUACGGCGACAACUUUGGCUUCUCCCUUCUCCUCACCGGUCGGUACGACGUGUGGGUGCCCAAUCUGCGCGGCAACGGCGUCUCAAUGAAGCACACCACGUACAGCACGUGGAAUCCCAAGUUCUGGAAGUUCUCCUUCCAGCAGAUGGCCCAGUUCGACAUGCCUGCCGUCAUUGACUACAUCAAGGAGGAGACGGGCUGCCAGCAGAUGGGCUACGUGGGCCACAGUCAGGGCUGUGCGGUGAUGUUUGCGCUGCUGUGCGACCGGCCCGAGUAUGGCGCCCUCAUCCGGCCCUUCAUCAGCUGGGCGCCGGCGGUGUUCCUGCAGAAUAUGCGCUCCUCCAUGACGGUCAUGUCGCGAGCGCUGCCCCUCUUCCACCGACUGGGCGGGCAGUUCGCGCCCACGCACCACAUUGCCAACUGGAUCGGCGGCACCGCCUGUCGGACGAAACGCACCAAGGUCCUGGUGACGAAGGAGCUGGAGAAGAUCAACGGACCGACUGACCAGAUGAACCCUGACCGCCUGCCGGUGUACUUUCACUUCUGGCCGAUGCCCAGCUCAAUGUGGCAGCUGGUGCACUUUGGCCAGCUCUAUCAGACGGGCAAGUUCGUCAAGUUUGACUAUGGCAGCGCAUCGCUGAACCGCCUGCACUACGAUGGCGCUGAGACGCCGCCUGAGUAUGACUUUGAUCGAAUUCCCGAUGACAUGCACAUUAUUAUCAUGAAUGGCAAUUCCGACUAUCUAGUAACGCCGGAAAAUGUAGAGCACUUAGUCGAUUUGCUGAAACCUAAGUUAAAAAAUCUUCAACACAUUAAAGUAGACGCAGAACAGUUUAACCACAAUGAUUUUCUGUUUGGAAAAGAUGCCGGUGUUUUAGUGUACGAUAAAACGAUUGAAUUGCUUGAUAAACUAGUUUAA